CCUUCUUCUUGUUCGUUAUUCCAUUCCUUCCUUCAUAAACAACAGCUUUCACACACUUACAAAGCGCAUUCAACUCACAUUAUCCAAAACGCUACCAAAAAAAAAAAAGCACUAUGCCAAUCAUCCUCACCUCUCUUGACAACGAGACCUUCACGGUCGACAAGGAAGUCGCCGAGCGUUCCAUCCUCAUCAAGAACAUGAUUGAAGAUGUCGGCGAGUCUGAUGCCCCUAUCCCACUUCCCAACGUCUCCAGCGCGGCUCUGAAGAAGGUCAUCGAGUACUGUGAGCACCAUCGCAACGACCCAGUUCAGGCGCAGGAUGAGGCAGACGAUCCCCGAAAGCGCUCGAACGAUAUUGAAGAGUGGGACAUGAAGUUUAUGCUGGUGGACCAGGAGAUGCUUUUCGAGAUCAUCCUCGCUGCCAACUAUCUUGAUAUCAAACCCUUGCUCGAUGUCGGAUGCAAGACUGUCGCCAAUCUGAUCAAGGGCAAGACCCCUGAGGAGAUCCGAAAGCUCUUCAAUAUCGUGAACGACUUUACCCCGGAGGAAGAGGCCCAGAUCAGGAAGGAAAAUGAGUGGGCAGAGGAUCGUUAAAAGGCAACAGUAACAGCCCACCAGCCGCACACACACAUGUAUCGUAGCC